AUUUGUCAUUUGUCAAGGUGCAGAGGUCACCUUGAGAUUUAAACUCAAAAUUGGACCGAAAUUGUUGAAAAUUUUAGUGUAUUUUUCUUAUCUUUUUUUUAUUGAAAUUUCCAAGUAGCAAAAAGCCGGUAUUUUGUAUUUAUCAUCGAUUACGUUUUUAACCUCUGAAAAGAGUGAUCCAGACUCCGGUCAAAAUGUCUGAGAAAACCGGUGCCAAGUUUAUAGAAAGGGGUGCCCAUAAGGGCAAAGGCAUUGCAGUGUUUACAAGUGGUGGAGACUCCCAGGGUAUGAAUGCUGCUGUAAGAGCAGUUGUACGAAUGGGAAUUUAUUUGGGAUGCAAAGUUUAUUUUAUCCGAGAAGGUUAUCAAGGAAUGGUAGAUGGGGAUGAGCAUAUUAUUGAGGCCAACUGGUCUUCUGUUAGUUGUAUUAUUCAUAAGGGUGGUACUAUUAUUGGAUCUGCCCGUUGCAAAGAUUUUAGAGAACGUCCAGGCAGAAAGAAGGCUGCCUUGAACUUAGUUAAACAUGGGAUCACCAAUUUGGUGGUAAUUGGUGGUGAUGGUUCUCUUACUGGUGCAGAUCUAUUCAGGCAGGAAUGGGCCAGUCUAUUGGAUGAGUUAUUGACAGAUGGAGCAAUCACCAAAGAUGAGAGAGAAAAAUAUAAGUAUCUUUAUAUUGCUGGAUUAGUGGGAUCCAUUGAUAAUGACUUCUGUGGUACUGAUAUGACUAUUGGAACUGACAGUGCCCUGCAUAGAAUUAUAGAGGCAACUGAUGCAAUUGUGUCCACUGCAUAUUCUCACCAAAGAACAUUUAUUAUGGAAGUCAUGGGCAGACAUUGUGGGUACUUAGCAAUUGUAGCUGCUCUGACAUCAGAAGCUGAUUAUGUAUUUAUACCAGAAUCUCCUCCGCCACUAGACUGGCAGAAAAAAUUGUGUAAUAAAUUGGAACAGGAAAGGAACAACGGUCAACGCCUAAAUAUCAUUAUAGUCGCCGAAGGAGCUAUCGACCGCACCGGUCAACCGAUUACUGCUGAAGACAUCAGGAAAGUGGUCGUAGACAACUUGAACCAAGAUACUAGGAUUACCGUAUUGGGGCAUGUUCAGAGAGGUGGAAAUCCUUCUGCUUUCGACAGAAUUUUGGGUUCUAGAAUGGGUGCGGAGGCAGUGAUGGCACUAAUGGAGGCUGAUGAAAAAUCAGAUCCGUGCGUAAUUUCAUUGGACGGUAAUCAGGCUGUCCGACUGCCUUUAAUGGAAUGCGUAAAGCAAACAAAAGCUGUAGCACAGGCUAUGGCGGAUAAAGAAUGGGACAAAGCUGUUGCCCUAAGAGGCAAAUCUUUCAUGAGGAAUUUGGAAACGUAUAAACUUUUAACCCGCUUGAAGCCACCUAAGAGUGCAUUCGAUGAAAGUGGAAAAGGCAGAAGGUUUACCAUGCAUGGCUCGGAAGGUUAUACUAUGGCCGUUAUACACAUAGGAGCUCCCUGCUGCGGCAUGAACGCUGCAGUCCGUUCAUUCGUACGAAACUGCAUCUACAGGGGAGAUACGGUCUUGGGCAUUCAUGAUGGCAUUGAGGGAUUAAUUGCCGGAAAUAUUAAAAGGAUGGGCUGGUCUGACGUAACGGGAUGGGUCGGUCAUGGAGGUGCUUAUUUAGGUACAAAACGUACUUUACCAGGUCAUCGUAUGGGACUGGUUGCUUCUCGAUUGGAAGAAUUUGGUAUUCAGGCAUUGCUGAUUAUCGGUGGUUUCGAGGGAUAUCAAGCUGCCUUACAAAUGAGCGAAAAUAGAGAUGAACACCACGCUUUUCGCAUACCCAUCAUGGUAAUUCCAAGUACAAUAUCGAACAACGUUCCCGGAACUGAAUUUUCUCUCGGUUGUGAUACCGCCUUGAAUGAAAUCACAGAAAUUUGCGACCGGAUCAGACAGUCCGCCCAAGGUACCAAACGCAGGGUGUUUGUUAUCGAAACUAUGGGUGGGUACUGUGGAUACUUGGCUACUCUGGCAGGUUUGGCCGGUGGCGCAGACGCUGCCUACAUCUACGAAGAGAAAUUCACAAUUAAAGAUCUGCAGCAAGACGUUUAUCAUAUGGCUACCAAAAUGUCCGAAGGGGUGCAGCGUGGUUUAAUUUUGAGGAAUGAGAAAGCUUCUGAGAAUUAUAAUACUGAAUUUAUUUAUAGAUUAUAUUCGGAGGAAGGAAAGGGAUUGUUUAGUGCAAGAAUGAACGUUUUAGGUCAUAUGCAACAAGGUGGAUCACCAACACCCUUCGAUCGUAACUUGGGUACAAAAAUGGCGGCAAAAGCCGUCGAUUGGAUGGUUUGCCAGUUGAAAAAUAAUACGGAUUCCGAAGGAAAAAUUAAUUGUACAGAUCCAAAUACGGCCUGUUUAUUGGGCAUCGUUAAACGGCAGUACAAGUGUACCAGUGUACAUGAUUUAAAGGAUCAAACGAACUUCGAUCAACGUAUACCAAAAGAACAGUGGUGGUUAAAACUCCGUCCGCUUCUCCGUAUUUUGGCCAAACAUGACUCUACUUACGAAGAAGAGGGCAUGUACAUGUCCAUCGAGGACAGACUGGUCGAUGUUACCAUUUAAAUGGGAGGCCAGUUUGGAUUAAAAAACCCCGGUUGGGCUUUCGCAGUCUAAAAAGUCGAUCGUACAGAGACGUAUUUUGUCUCUGAAGUUCGUCUUUUAGAGAUUUUCUAAAUGUUUGUAGCUCUGGGUUAUCUUAGUAGUAUCAUAUUCUACCAAAGAUUAUUCUGGUAAAAAAAAAUAAUUAAUUUAAAGAUAUAAAGUCCAUUUUAAUUAUUAAGUUGCCGGUUAUAAGCCAGUAUAUCUUCUAUUAUCAAAAUAUUAUUUAUUAUAUUUUAAUUAUAAAACGCAACUACUUUUAUACUAGAUUCCUGGGUAAUUUUAUACCCAUUUCUUAUGUUAUAUCUUAAAAUAUUACAACCUUAAAGUGAAUAUUAUGCAAAUAUUAAUUUAAGACCUAAAGCUUUUAAAUUAUUAAUAUGCUUGCUUUUAUAAGCGAAUAUACAUUCUUUGAUUAUUAAACCAGACAAACCGUUAUGCUAAAUUCUCCUGAAUGAAUACAAACACGUUAUUUUUGUAUUUUAUAUAAUUAUUUCAACUUUAAAGUGAAUAUUAUACAAUUUUUUAAUAAUGCAAUAACUUAGACAUCUUGAAUUAAAACUAGUACUGAUACUAUAUUAUCGUGCAUCCAGAGUUGAAUUGUUUUUGCUUUGUAGUAGUGACAACUUUAUUAGGGAAAAUAUUAUUUAUUUAUUAAUUUAACAUUGUUACCUCCAAAUUUUUUUGUCAUAAAGAUAUUUUUCUUGUCAAGGUCUUUCAUUAAUCACUUAAAUUUCUGUUUUAUAUAAAACCUUUAUCUGGAAAAUAUCUUUAUGCAUUAAAAGAGCGAAUAAAGAAAAUAUAUAUAUUAAAAAAAAUGUAACAACAAAUUUUCUGUAUUGUAUUAAUCUUGAUAGUGACUGUAGUAAAAUUAUCAUUCUAUUAAA